CGGGCAGGACUCCGGGGCAGAGGGCACCGGAUCACCAGGUGGAGCAGCGGCGUCCGGGCCCCCAAGCAGGAGCAGGCAGAAGGCAUCGGGCCCCCAGGUGGGGUUGACAGGCAUUGGGGCCCCUGGGCGGGGCGACAGGCAUCGGGCCCCCAGGUGGAGCGCCGGGCCCCCAGGCCGGAGCGGCGGGCGCCGGGCCCCCAGGAGGGGCGACAGGCAUCGGGCCCCCAGGCAGGGCUGAUGGGCCCCCCAGGUGGAGCGGCGGGCGUCGGGCCCCUCAGGCGGGGGCAGGCACCGGGCCCCCAGGAGGGGCGGCAGACACCGGGCCCCAGGCGGAGCGGCGGGCACCGGGUCAUCAGGCACGACAACGGCCAUCGGGUCACCAGGCAUCAGGUCAUUUGGCUCGCC